GUCGAACUCUUUCUAUCCGACCUUUUGAUUGCGAAGUCUCCUUUCUCUAGACUACUAAUACAGUUUAGAAACAAUCACAAGCGACCUACCCUGACGGUUGCCCAUGUACAGUCUUCUCCCAAGUCUUUAUGUAGAAGUCGAAUGACUUGAGAUUGCAGCCCGGCGGAAUGGCGAAUCCAAGCGGAAAGCGAAGCUGGAAAUUACAGGAGUUCGUUGCUCAUGGGUCCUCAGUCAACUGUCUGGCCCUGGGCAAGAACUCGGGGCGUAUCCUAGCAACCGGCGGCGAGGAUCGGAAGGUGAAUGUGUGGGCUGUCGGAAAGCCGAACUGCUUGAUGAGCCUGAGCAGCCAUACCAGCCCGGUGGAUUGCGUCGCCUUUGACGUCAACGAGGAGCGACUGGUGAGCGGAUCGCGCUCCGGCACACUCAAGCUCUAUGACCUCGUCCAGGGAAAACUGGUACGGACGUUACCUGGUCAUCGCAGCGCGAUAUCAUGCCUGGACUUUCACCCAUUUGGAGAUUUUCUGGCUUCGGGAUCUGUCGACCAACUUGUCAAGAUGUGGGAUGUUCGACGCAAAGGCUGUAUUUACUCCUACAAGGGCCAUACAGACACUAUCAGAUGUUUGCAGACCAGUCCUGACGGCAAAUGGGUCAUCUCUGGUAGCGACGACGGAACCGCAAUGUUGUGGGACCUGACGGCCGGCAAGCUCAUGCACACUUUUCCUCACGCCGGCGGUGCCGUCCAGUGUCUGCAGUUCCAUCCCAACGACUUCUUGCUGGCGACGGGAAGCAGUGAUAGGUGUGUACGUUAUUGGGAUCUGGAAUCGUUUGAUCUGGUAUCCCAAUCAGACCCGGCUUCCAGCGCUGUCAGAUGUAUCAGUUACCACCCAGAUGGCCUCUGCCUCUUUGCUGGCUACAAGGAUCUGCUGCGGGUGUAUGGCUGGGAGCCGCCGACUUGCCGUGACUCGCUGGCCAUGCCCUGGGGCGGAGUGGCGGAUAUGGCAGCGUCCUCUAAUCAACUGAUAUCAGCGUCGUCCUUCCAGACCAACAUCUCAGUGUGGGUGGUGGACAUGACGAAAACUCGCUUGACUGACGAUGCUCCAGAACGUCCUGUUACAGCACAGUCUCACAGCACGAGAAAGGUGUUUGAUAGAACGGCGGAGAGGUCGUCCACUUCAGCGCAGCCGGCCAAGUCAUCGGCUGCCGGAGAUGACGAGAGUGCCCGUCACUCUCCACCGCCCGAUGAUGAUGGCCCUCCGCCAGGUGAUGUGUUUGCUGGCAAGCUGCGGACAGCACGAACACCGCCGCGCCGUGCCAUGGAGCCAUUCCCUGCGCCGUCCGACGGAGGAGCCUCUCCACCAUUGCCGUCUAGAGCAGUUGAGCGUCCGUCAUCGUCAGGCCAGAACGAAGCGGAAGGAAUCGAUAUGCUUCUGAAGGGCCACGAGUCGCUGUGCAAGGUGAUAGAAGACCGUCAGCACCACCUGAAGAAGGUUCACUCUCUCUGGUCAAAGUCUGAGGUGAAAAGCAGCGUCAGCGCGGCAGUUAGCACACGUAAUCCUGGAGUGCUCGUCGAUAUCCUCUCCAUCAUCAAUCUAAAACCAUCGCUCUGGUCUCUGGGCAUCUGCUGCAUCAUAUUGCCAGCCUUGGAUGAGCUACUGAAAAGUCGGCAUGAAACAUAUCAUCAAUGUGCGGCAUCCUCCAUCAAGCUGGUCCUCAAGCACUUGGCGCCCAUGAUCCUGACCAACAUAAACGCUCCACCAACAGACAACUCUGACCUGGCCAGGGAAGAAAGAUAUCAGAAGAGCCAGGGAUGCUGGUCGAACCUGAAGAAGUUGCGCGAGGUGGCACGCACGCGCUCGCGGGAAACCGGCACCACCGGGACGCAGAUGAAGGAGCUGCACAUGGCCUUCACAAUCCUAGACUCAUAGGGUGCGACGAGUGUUUUACCUGGUACCGUUGCUGUUCUUUGCAACCAGCAGCCGCGACCCAACUACUCUCACAUAUCUAUUCGUGUGGAUGCUGCAGAACGUGCUGCUUCCACGACGUAAUACCACUCAGAUCUUGUCUGGGUGAAGUCAGCCCUCAUCACACCAUGUAACAAACACACAAAACGUUCAAAGCUGGUCUUUGGAUCUGCCUGUCUUCAAGCACGUGCGCACAUACUUGAUAACGACAAACAUGAGGCCUCUCGGGUGGAGAGCAGAGCUAAAGUUAUUAUUGUGUUGUAGAUUUUCUCUAUUAUCUCCCUCCCCUGCAUUCUCUAUGGCCUCGUUUGGACCGGCUAACAAUAUCCAUGAAACACACGAUGAUUUCAAAAUUCUAUUCAAGUAUUUGUACCCGUAUUCCAAAUUUAUUUUAUUUCUUCCGGAUUUCAUCCGCUUUUCUAACCCGUACUCUCCCACAGAGUGGGCACAACAUGCUUGUAGUGUUUCCUGAAAUCAACAGAUUUCUAAACA